GAUCAGUUUCACGCACCCAGACGAACCCAAGAAUAGAUCUAGGCGAGAACGGACGCGCCGCCGAAGGUGACGAGACCGGGGAGAUGGCCCCUGGCGCUAGGAGCGGCCGGCCGAGCAGCCGCGCGAGGAACAAGUGGAAGAAGCGUCUGGCUGCGUGGCCGGUGGGAUCCGUCUUCUCCAAGGUCGGGGGGUUCGCCGCUCUUCACACGCUUCUUCGUCUGAGAAAGGAGCGGUGCCGCAAGCUCGGCGGAGGUACUGCUGGCUUGGUUGACGCGACCGCGACGGCGCAGGUCGACAAGCCAUGUGGCGGAGGCAUGCUAGUUUACUCAAGAAACAGUCAACCAACAGAGGACAAGGAGGUUAAGAAGCAAGAUCCAUGGGAAUGGGCGCAAAUGAAAUUUGAGACGGGUGCCACUCGAAAUUCUUGGAGCGAUCCGGAUGCUAAGUUUUGCUGCAUCUGUGGUGACGAGGAGGACCAGCAUGUGGAGCUGAUGUGCCCUUACAACUAUCUAUCUCCUGCUGCAUAUGUCCCCUGUAGAGCACGGUUUGUCGUUUGGAAUAAUGAAAUAAUCCGUUACAAGUGUUGGAAACAGAAAAGUGCCUCCAGACAAGAUGGAAUUAUCUCCAGGCGUCGCAAGUUUUUGCGUUGCUUCAUCCGUGUGAAUAACUUACCGGAGUGUUGUCUGCCAGAGCAAUUUGUCAGGCUUUUCACAGAAUUUGGACCGCUGUGGAUGUAUCAUGUGGCAAUGCGUAGUUCUGAAAUCUGUGGGGGAUUUGGCUACGUGGUCUUCAAGCACCAUGAGCAUGCAAAGGAGGCUAUCGAAAAGCUUAACUGCUAUAAUGUCAAUGGACGUAAACUCCGAGUUGACUGGGCUUAUCCUAGUGCUUGACUGAAUCAUGCUUUUUUUCUUUUGAUUGGCAGUGGUUUAUUUUGUUGCAAGUCUCUUCUGCAAAUGAAGAUUCUGUCACUUGUUUAGUCCAUCUACCCUACUUAUAUGUACAAAGGAUCCAAUAUUUACAAUGCUAAAAAGAAACUGUACAAUACUACUAGUUUUGUUUGCUAUCUUUUUUAGAUUACUGUGAAGUUUUGCAUAACUGCUUUCAUAUUGGAUUUAUUAUUAGUAACUAUAGUUGUUCUUGAAGCCU